AUGUAUUCCCUCAACCGCGACGAGAGUCACUCGUAUCCCGACCCUUCCCAACGGAUCUACCCACCUCAUCUUCGCUCUUACCCGCCGCCCCCGAUUGUUGACGCGCCUUAUGACCGCCAUUAUAUGGACUACCGAGCCCUGACCCCAAUAUCCUCCGCAAGACUUCCAGAAAUUUCUCGCAUCGAUACUCAGCACUACUCUCGACGCGAGGAACACUCUCUCGCAAUGGUUCAACCACUGUCAGCUACGUCAGUGGAGAUGUCCACAGAUUCCGAGCCAUGGUCUCCCACACAGCCGGUCCGGCCCAAGAAAUCGCGUAGAGAAAAGCCGCAUAUAGAGCUCGCUCCUGACCAGCCACCAACAACACAGGGUAAGCCUCGAGCGAGGGUUUAUGUCGCUUGUCUCCAAUGCCGCAAUCGUAAAAUCCGCUGCGAUGGCGCGAAACCCGUCUGCCAUAAUUGUGGAAAGCGCAUAGGAAACAACGAAUGCAACUAUGAUGCUUUGCCAAAACGUCGAGGGCCAGACAAAAACCCAGGCGCUCGGCAACGCAUUGCUCGCAAGGAUGGUGAGGCCCCACCACCAAGACGGCGUCGAGCUACAGCAUCGUCGUCGUCUGAUAUUCACGAUGACCCAACCACUUCGUUCUCAUACCCUUCCCCGACGUCAUCCAGCGAACAUACCCAUUCUCCGGAAGAAUACAUAGUUUCCCCUCGUGAGGUUUCGUACAUGAGGUGUGCCUGUCAUGGCUUGGCUCAAUGUCCCUCUACGCGUGGCUUGGGGCAUGCCGUUCCCGGUCCACAGAUUACAGUUCCCUAUGACGUGAAUCCUCCGCCUCCAACCUCUCUCUCUUCACCCUCCUACAUUACCAAUUCCGACGAACAUAACGACGGUUAUUCCACCUUGGUUCAUGCAUAUUCUACGCGAGAGUACCCUUCUGAAAUUAUCUCCUUUUCGACCAUCAUUAGUGAACCCUCCGUGCAGUUUUCUCGCAAAAUAUGGUGGGACAACCUACUGUCUCUUUACCUUUCGCCAAACCCGUUUGGCCGUGUCGACCACGUUUCUGAUUCGCUGCGGACCCUGGCAUCCCAAGGAAUUGCAAACGAUUUACGCUUCCUCUUCCAAGCUUCCAACUACUGGUUUGCUUUCCUUCAUGCACCGACAUUCUUUGCAAGUUUUCAUGACCCCGUGAAGCGGGAAGAGAUGCAGCCCAGUCUCAUCUACGCUAUUUUAGCCAUCUCAACUUUCUGGCAAAGCUCCGAAGUUGGUCUCGGACAUCGUGGGCGAGUACGGGCGCUCCGGUUCAGAGAAGAGGCCCAAAGUGCUCUAGAAGCAAGUUACAAUGCUGGACGUGUUGACGACACGCUGGCACAAGCAGCAUGGAUUCUGGCGAUGUUCGAAAUUUGUGCCCAUCCCAACCAUACAACCGAUCGAUCCACGUCUGCCAUGGUCAUGCUCGAUUCGCUUAUUCGCUCGUUAUCUCUGACAAAGAUGGACAAAAACGACCCCAACGCCUCGGUUUUCUAUCCUGGGCAAGUUCCUGAAGUUCCGUCACCGCCGCAUCAUCUCGUAAGGUCUAUGGACAACCAGUAUGAUUAUCCCCUGGCAAAUCCGUUGCCUAGCAAUCGGACUUGCUCAUGCUUGUCAUUAACCCUCAAAGAGCAAUGGGCACAAACCAUGGAGGUCGCCCCAUUGUGGGCGCAGACUCCGGCAUGGAACUCAGAAUGGUCGGAGGCAGAGCUCAAGCAAGAGGCUUGUCGUCGACUGUGCUGGAGCGCUAUGAUUCUUGCGGCGGGCCACAGCAACUACUCGUAUACUAGUCGCACAAGAAGUAUGGAGCUCUUUAUUUCGGAUCCUUCGAAUUAUGCACUUCUGUUUUCUGGAGAAUCCGUCACUCAUUCGCCUGCCGCCAAAGACACGGUCUGGGCUCUACACGACCGCGCCUUCUUGCUUUGGCACGCUUGUGUCAGGAUGCGUAACAACUCGUUUGCGUCAAUGACAGCGAAAGGUCAGUUUGCGAUCAGGACCUGGCACGAGGCAGACGCUAUCGAGGACGCACUGAAUCGGCACACAUGCGGGAUAGAGCGUUCUUCAAUAUAUCUGGGCAGAGAAUACAUAUUCAACACCCGGAUGUGCAUCACCUAUGAAUUCCAGCGCUUCGUUCCCUUGGUGUCAAACAACGCGUCUCAGCUGUUUGACAGGCAAAAGGCAGAAGAGUGGUGUGAGUUCUUUGGCAAUCCAGUUGAAUAUACUCAUGUCGGACAAGUAUCACACCACGCGAUGGUUGCUCAGAGCCUGACUACUAGUCUUCACACCGUCACUGGACUUGAAACGCUCAAUCUGUCGCGACGCCCAUUCUUUGUCUUCUGGUGCUUAACACUUUGGCACACCGAUAACUCCUUAACUGUGGCCCUUGAUGUAUGCAAGAAUCUCCUGCCCGGAAUUGACUUCCUGACCGCGUUAUGGCCUUGCACAGAACAGCGCCAACGAUACGAAAAUCUGAGAGACCGUAUCCACGACACCUGUCUUCUUGCGCAAGUCGCACCACCUCCCCCUAUCAAUCUAACCCUCCCACCCCGACCUGUUGUCGAUGAAUUUCUGUAG